CUCCAAUUUCAUUUUUCUCAUCAAAUUUUAGACCCUUAUUCUUCCAUUCAAUUCGGUGGUUUCCGAUGGCGGAUUCCCAGCAGCCAACGGCGGCGAAGAACACCACCACUGUACCUCUCCCCAAUUUCCUGCUAUCUGUAAAACUCAAAUACGUGAAAUUAGGUUACCAUUGCUUGAUUUCACACGCCAUGUACCUCUUGUUAACUCCCAUCCUUGCCCUUGUCUUCGUUCAGCUAUCAACACUUACAUCCCACGAUCUGAUCCAUUUAUGGCACCAACUCCGAUUCAAUUUGGUCACGGUCGUCCUCUGUUCGGCGUUAAUGGUCUUCUUAACCACACUCUACUUCAUGAGCAGACCGAAGAAGGUAUACCUGGUUGAUUUCGCCUGUUACAAACCUGAAGAUGCACGGAUGGUGACUCGGGAGAUUUUCAUGGAUCGCUCGACUCAGGCGGGGACGUUUACCGAGGAGAAUUUAGCGUUUCAGAAGAAGAUUCUGGAACGAUCUGGAUUAGGACAGAAGACGUAUUUCCCGGAGGCGGUGCUUAGGGUUCCACCAAAUCCGUGCAUGGCGGAGGCCAGAAAAGAGGCGGAGAUGGUGAUGUAUGGAGCCAUCGACCAACUGUUGGCGAAGACCGGAGUGAAAGCCAAGGAAAUCGGGAUACUCAUCGUUAAUUGCAGCUUGUUUUGCCCAACACCGUCACUGACUUCCAUGGUGGUGAAUCAUUACAAGCUCAGAGGGAACAUUAUGAGCUAUAACCUCGGUGGAAUGGGUUGCAGUGCUGGAUUGAUAGCCAUUGAUAUGGCAAAGCAGCUUUUGCAGGUGAACCCUAAUUCGUAUGCGUUGGUCGUUAGCAUGGAAAACAUAACGUUAAAUUGGUAUGUUGGAAACAACCGUUCAAUGCUUGUGUCCAACUGUCUCUUUCGAAUGGGAGGAGCAGCAGUUCUGUUGUCAAAUCGGUCUUCUGAUCGUCGUCGUUCCAAGUAUCAACUGAUUCACACCGUUCGUACACAUAAAGGUGCCGACGAUAGAUGUUACAACUGUGUCUUCCAAGAAGAGGACGAGCAGAAGAAAAUUGGCGUGGCGCUUUCGAAAGACCUGAUGGCGGUGGCUGGCGAGGCCCUGAAAACCAAUAUCACAACCCUUGGACCGUUGGUGCUUCCCAUGUCCGAACAACUCUUGUUUUUCGCCACAUUAGUCGCGAGGAAAGUGUUCCAAAUGAAAAUCAAACCCUACAUCCCGGAUUUCAAGCUCGCCUUUGAGCACUUUUGCAUUCACGCGGGAGGAAGAGCAGUUCUGGACGAGUUAGAAAAGAAUCUUGAUUUAUCGGACUGGCACAUGGAGCCUUCUAGAAUGACCCUCAAUCGGUUCGGAAACACUUCAAGCAGCUCGUUGUGGUACGAAUUGGCUUAUUCCGAGGCCAAGGGUAGAAUAAGGAAAGGCGAUCGGUCAUGGCAAAUUGCGUUCGGUUCGGGUUUCAAGUGUAACAGCGCGGUGUGGAAGGCUUUGAAGACGAUUGAUCCGGCUAAGGAGAAAAAUCCUUGGACAGACGAGAUCGACGAUUUCCCGGUUCAUGUCCCUAAGAUUGAGAAGAUCGCUUCGUAAAAGUGUUAAAGAGAUUUUUUUUUCUGAUUCUUUAAAAUAUUAUUGUAGAAAUUGGCCUUUGGCUUUUCGUUAUCAUGUAAUGGGUUUAUAUAUAUACAGUAUAAUUUAAACUUGGAUUUUGUUCAAAAU